ACUGCUGUACAAUCCUGAAUAUACAUUGUGCAGGUUGAUUUCGCAGAGGCGGGUGACAGCAGCACCAAUAGCACUGAAGCAGCUCGUGCCACAUAACUCUGCACAGUUCCUUUAAAUCUGGCAAGUUACCAACCGCAGUCUCCAAGAAGAUAAUUUUCUAUUUGUCAGUUCCCAGUUUUAUCUUCACACUACAGCUGGUAAGAGCCCUUUGCUUUUGUCUUGUCAGCUUGCACCUUGUGAUUAAAGGGAGCUCGCAGUAUGUUUCUCAAGUUGUAUGAGAGGGAGUAGAGGAAAUGGGUUCAUGGUGUUCUCUAAUAGAAUUGAAAAAAGAGUUGUGGAAAUAGAGGAGAAAAGUUACUAGACACCUACCCAUUCUAGCAUCUCCUUGGAAAAAACAGCAUUAUGUAGAUUUUUCCAUUAUGUGUUCCUGUCCGUUGUUCAGCCCUUAAAUCAAUUACAUUUCAUUUGAAAUGAAAGCAGUGGAGAAAAUAACUAUUUGUUUUGGAGGAGAAGCUAAAGCUUUUUUUGUUGUUGUUUUCUGGUGUUAUAAAAGAGCAAGUGUUGAAGCAGUCUGGUAGGCUGCCUGCCUGGAAGCAGCAAAGAAGGGAAAAGAUAUUUUUUCAUAAAUGUUUUUUUUCUGCUACUAGAAUGUAUAACUUAUGUUUUCCAAACCUUACAUGUUCUGAGCCUGGUUGUACACCCAGAGCUAAUUCAGUUAUAGGAUUCUUUUAGCAGAAUAGUUCAGGUUUCACAUUUCUGUAUAUGGGAUCUGUGUUUUGUCGCAAAAUACCUUGCCAAACCAGCCUCUCUUCAGUGACUGUUGCUCAGCAAAAGUGCUGUAAGUGAAAUGUGAAAAGUUGCAUGUUGUUAUUUAAUUGGUUAAGCAAACAACAAACCUUUGAGAAGACAGUAGAGCUCAAGAGGGCUGAGGCAGCACUGCCAGUCUGCUUCUCUCUUCUUUGCAUCUAACUGAGCAGAAAAACUAUUCCUUGAGCAUGAAAGUUAAUACUUAAAUUUAAUCUGAUCAAGAGACAGAUGAUAGUCCUUUUUCACCACAAACACGUAGGCGUGGUGGUGUGGUGAAGGGAGACAGCGUAGGCAGUUAUCGACAGGAUUUCAGCCUGACUCAGCUGAAGAGUUGCCCACAGAAAGCUGCUCCCAGCAGUGUUGCUGCUACAAAAUCUGUUCUGAGGGAAUAAUGCACAGUAUUUUUGCCCAACCAACAUAUCAAGUCUCAUGGUUCUCUAAGUCACUGUUAGAUUAAGUGUUUAAGAUUUUUUAAAUGUUAAAAACCGCAAGUAUGUAAUAAUGACUGUUCUUGCACUGCAUAUGUAAAAAUAUUUUUCCCAUUAAGUAAUCAUUACCUUUUUUCUUUUAAUCUUAUUUAGUAAGUAUCAUUCAAAACUAAUGAAAUACUGUGGACUAGCUGAGAAUGUAUCCUGUAGUUUAUUUAUACUGAGUGGUGAGUCUAAUUUUAUGCGAGGUCAGAAAAUAUAAUGUUAUAUAACUGUUAGGGUGAGUAGUCAAGAGAGAGGUUGGGAUCUGUAGCACAUAUCUGUGUCCCAUGCUUUUUAUUAAGGGUAAAUAUAACAGGAGUUAAGGGCAAGUUAAUACAGUAUGGGUAAAAGUGUGUUACAGGCAUGAAUGUGGUGUGAAUACACUUUUACCUGUGAUGAGAUUACAUUUGUAAUUAAUGUCUGACCUAUUUUUUGCAUGGAAAACUCCCAGAGUAAAAUCAAAUACUUAGUUAUAUUUCUCUAUGCUGGCUGCCUUGGGUAUAUUUCCUCCCUCAGGACAGAAAUGGGACUAACUAGUAGUUCAAAUGUCACAACUGCCUCAGUAUUCUUGAGGUUUCCUGAUGAGUAGGUAGAGAAAAAAAUAUAAUGAAACAUUUUCAAAAAGUGACCUUUUCUUGGGCUGUAAGUGGAUGGUAGAUUCUGGUAAGGACAUCUCAGUUGUUUUCCAGUUGUUUUUUGUUGUUGUUUCUGGUAAAAUUUAAGCUAUGGAUUUUCUUUUAUGUACAGUAUUUCUGAGGCAUUACACUUAGUCAGAGAAACUGCACUGACAACACGAGGGCACACCAAAUCAUCUUCAGUUCUACUUCAGGAGCUAAGAGCACUUUACAGUACCAGUUAGUUUUUACAGGAUCCUACUUAGGAAAGUGAUGUCUUACUAAAGCCACAUACAGUGGGUUUCAUGGAGUGGUGCUAAUCACAGUACAGCCAGCAGCAAUGCUAAAAAUAAAUGCUGUUCAGAUGAAAGUAUAACAAGAAACACAAUGUCUGUGCUGAAGGGAGUUUUGUGGAGAACUAACUGCCCCAGUGCCCAUCAGGCAGACAAGCAUGGACAGUUUGAAUUGUAUCACAGCAUGCAAAUUCUUUGGUUUGUAGUUUUUCUUUGGAUGUUGUGACACCACAGCUACAGUUCUCUACAUCCUCACUGAGGUUGGGUUUCAAGGCCACAGAGCUUUUCUCCAAUGCAAUGUGCUCACCCACAGAUGCUGGCUGAAAGGUUUAACCCAUGGAGCAGCAUUCCUCAAAGGAAGGGCAGUGGUAAGCCUGCAUUAAAUCAUGCUGGGAAAUCUGUUUCUAAGAGAUUUGUCAUCACUAACCUAAUGAUACUAGAUGAUGAAAGUGGUCUCAUUAUAUGCCGUAUUGUUUAUGUAAUGAAAGACAGACCAUUUCUCUCAUCUGAAAGAUGUGGCCUCUCCUCUUAGUUAAUGGGUUUAAAUGCAAACAUGCUGUCUCAGCAAAUCUCUCCCUGGGGUACUGCUUUUGCAUUUCUCACUAAUAAAUGCUUUGCAGCUAACACAGCCAUCUGCCCAUUCAAAAUAUUGCCAAUAAAAUCAGGGUAAUUAGAGAUAAGCAGAAGUUGGGAUAUACUAUACACUUCAACCAGCAGUGGUCAUUUAAUAUGGUAUUAUUGAAAUAUGUACACUUGAAGCACAACUCAAGUAGCCUUCACAUCCACAUCUGUGAGCAAUGCUCUCCAAUCUGAAGGUGAGUCUGAGCCAACAGAACUGCUGGCAGAACAUAUGCCCCCUGAUCCCUCUGUUCCCUCCUCAUCAUUAACAUAGCUCUCAUGGGAGGGCAGUGAGGAGGUACCCAGAGCUGUGCAACAUGUUCCCUUUUCAUCCUGUCAACAGAAGCUGCUUGUGUAAAGGUGAAUGGGGGAUGAGGUCAACCAGAAGCCAUACAAAGGUAAGUUGAAUGUCACAUCUUGCAGCCUCUCAUCGAUGUAACGCUUUCAGAGCGGUCGGCUUCAAUGCACUGAUUGCUGGGCGAGUGCCACGCUGCAGCACAGCCUCUCCUGGCAGGAGAACUCAUCCUGUGUGCACUGCAGCAUGGACGAUGAAUGUGCAUUGUUGCAGUCUGUUCUGUGACACAGCAUAGAGGGAGGCUCUCAGAGAGUGCCUGGGCUGUAAAUCUGAAGAGUAGUUUUUCGUUUCAAAACCUUUCUAGCUGGUAUAGAAACCAUUCACACACAAAGGUCCCCUAUACGUAGCACGUGACAGUCCAUUAAAAUACCUAUAUUUCUAAGCCUCUCAGUAUUUUUUAUUUUUUAUUUUUUUUGCCCCUGGAUAUAUAGAUUGUAGUGGUAUAUUUAAAAGGAUCCAAUACCACAAAUAAAUCAUACUGUACAUGUGGGAACUUAAAACAUUUCAGGCCUAGGCCUCCUAUGAGUUGCAGCCUUUAAUUUCUGAGCUUUGUAAUUUUGAUAUGGUCAAUUAAUCAUGCUGCCUAGAGAGGUCCCCAUAAUGAACUAAUUAAGUUUCAGAUACACAAGCAGUGACUAUGGUUUUUUACUGUUUUACCAAACUGAGAGCUUGAUAGUCUACACAAAAUUAAAAUACUGCCAUAGCUAAUUUAAUUGUUCCACUAUACUGCAUAAUUGAAACAGCGUUUGUGAACUGAUUUAAAGUUUCACCGCAUUCAAACUAGAUAAUAAAGAAAUCCAACAUGCAGUUAUCUGCUGAAAGCUUUCAUCUGGCUUUAACUUGCUCUUCUUCCUGCAAUGGUCUCUUCAGUGCAGACAGUUCCCUAUGAGCAUAACACCAAGAGACAGCAGUGUCCAGCAAACUGCUGGAUCAGAGUUCAGCACAGCAUCAGCUCUGGGCUCCGGAGGGACGUAAGUCAUAGCAUUAAACUAUUUUUCGCUUAUACAAGAGAAUUGCUAGACAGGCUCCACUUGGCAAAAAAAAAAAAAAGUAAUCAAGCGAUGCUACAAGUGCUUAGAACAGCAAAAGAGAUGGAAUCAUGUGUUACGCAACUGCUUUAGGGGCAUUCCCAUAGGGAAAGGAAAUCCAACAGGAAUAGCAGAAUGCUCACUGCAGUCUUGUGGAACUGUGCCUAGCGCAGCUGUCAGCUAUGCAGAAAACAAAAUUACAGUGUGUUCUUCUGACCAGGACAUGGACUAAAUGCCUGGUAGUCCCACCGAACAAGGAGGACACUUUUACCUGCAGAGUGUCGUACUGCAGCUCGGAUAAAAGCACUUUAAGAAGAGAGAGAAAAUAUUUGUCCAUAAGAGAAAAUUGAGAGCCAGCACAAUGAAGUGGGAAAAAUGUUAAGUUUACCAAGCUUGAUCAGAACGCUGAGCAGAACUGUUAGAGUCUUCAGCAAUCAUCAAGGUGGGUUUAAAUGGAACAAAUCUUAAGUAUGACCACUUUUAACUAGAGUGUUGUAGUUACACACGGACCGCUCUCCUGUGCAUCUAAAUAGAUUGGAAAGCCACUAGAUUAUGAAAUAGAAGUAUAUCAGUGACCAAUAUUAUCACGAUAUAAGCAUGAGCUCUCCGAUACAUAUAAUAGCUACGUUCAAAUGUUUUUUCACCACUUAUCUACAAACUACAGAGGUAUUACAGACAGCACUCUUUUGUUCCCAUAAGGAAGCCCAGCCUUCCUGCUGGGUUUCUCUAGUGCCAGGUGCUGGGUAUUAAGACAGUUUUUUCUUCACCUAUUUAGAUCUUUUUCCUCUGCAUGAGGCUCCUCUUCUCUCUGUGAGACUCUAGCAGCUUUAGCUACCUCUAGGAAGAAAAACACAAUCUAGGAGUGUGUUUAUUAAGUUCAAUAAAGCUAAUUAAGAAAAAUGGCCCAGAAAAUAAUACAGUUUUCAGCUCCGUGCAUUUGUGACUUCAUAUAAAAUUCAACAACUUUAAAAAUAGUUUUUUUGUUAAAAUAGAAAUUCAACAAUUUCUAGUUAUUAACUAGUCUCUGUUCGCUUUGAAUGAAUGCAGCUUUUAAAUCUAUUUAGAAAUAGGUAUAUAGUAUAAAAUGACAAAUUCAUGUAACAAGUGCCAUGCUUGGUCCCAAUAGAUGUCAUUUUUGUUACCUCAGAUAAUGUAACAAGAUCUCUGUGGCUGGGACCUCGAUUUUUAGGGAAAUGCUCAUGCCAUCUGCUGGGAAGUUUUGAAAUUUGCCAAGAAUUUUUUCACUAACUUUUUACUAGCUUUCAAAUGUUGAAUAUUUACACCAGUUGUUUUGUUAUUUUUCUUUUUUAAGAUCUGUGGAUAUAUGUAACAUAGCAGAACUCCUUAAGUACCUUUGAGCUAAGUAAUUGCACCUGUUUCUAUGCCAAGAAGUUGAUUAUGAUGAAAGUGAUGCAGGCUUAACCCUCUUGAGGGAAGCUCUGCCUGAGUUUAACUUAGUUUUGACUCAGACAUGCAAAGUUAGUAAAUGUUUUCUGAAAUGACAAAGCUAACAACAUUCUCUGACCUGUAGUAUGAAAAUAAUACAAGGAAGGUGAGUGCCAUGCAAGCAUAUCCAGCAAAACUACUCAUUACAGGAUUAGUGUUGGAUCAUACUGAGUAUGGUCUGUUGCCAAACAGUAAGUGAGAGACGUAAAAAUGCAUAUUGAAUAAACAGUGGUUAAUAACCUGUAGAAGAAAUGUUGUCCUGUCAAGCAGUUAUUAUAAGAUAUGAGAUCAAUCUAAAUCAGAUUGGAACAGGCAAUUUUGAUUUUAGAGUUUUCUUAGAGUUUUUUCUUUUUAUAACCUUUCAAGUUUUGUUAAUGUGUUUUGAUUGAGUAAAUAAGCACAGAGUUUGUUUUUUUUUGUUGCUAGUGCUGUGGAAUAUGAAUGACAGGGACUUGCUUGCUCUAGAGGUUGUGGAGAAAUUGCAGCAAAAUGCUGCAGCUCAGCCUAAGUACGUCUACGUGAUUCUCAAAUAUCCCAGGGACGCUGACUCCACCACCUCUCUAGGCAGUGUGUUCCAAUGCCUGACCUUUCUUUCGGAGAAGAUGUUUUUCAAGUUCUCUGGUGCAACUUGAGGCUGUUUCCUCUCAUCACUGUUAGUUGGGAGAAGAAGCUGACCCCCACCUCGCCACAACCUCCUUCCAGGUUGUAAAGAGCUAUAAUGUCCCUCUUGAGCCUCCUCUUCUCCAAACUGAACAAUCCCAGCUCUCUCCGCCACCCCCUGUAAGACUUGUGCUCCAGACCUCUUAUCAGCUUCGUUGCCCUUCUCUGGAUGCACUCCAGGGCCUCAAUGUCUUUUCUGUAGUGAGGGGUACAAAACUGAAUAUAGCACUUCAAGGUGCAGUCUCACCAGAGCUGGUUGUGUUAUUUCUGAUACAAGCCAGGAUACCAUUGGCCUUCUUGGCCACCUGGGCACACUGUCAGCUCGUGUUCAGCCAAGCAUUGACCAACACCCCUGAGAUCCUUAUCCUCCACGCCGCUUUCCAGCCUGUAGCAUUACAUGGGGUUGUUGUGGCCAAAGUGCAGAACUAGACACUUGAUCUUCUUGAACUUCAUCUCAUUGGUCUCAGCCCAUCAAUCCAGCCUGUCAGAGUCCCUCUGUAGAGCCUGCAAGUGGAGUCCAUGAGAGGAGAAAAUCAUGUCUCGAAAGUUAAUCAUUGCCCUCAACCUUGCUUGGCUGAGAUGGUACCACUGAACCUCAUGCUACUGACUGCUUGAGUUCUGCUGUGCAGCUGCUGCUGAAAGGAAACACUGCUGCAGGAGCCUGCUGCUGCCACAAAGCUGUUACUGAAGCACUCUGCCUGUCGUUGCUGGCAAAACAGGCCAAGAUGUGGCUGUAACAAGGCUGCAAUAAGCAGUGACGUGUCAGUGACUCCUGGCAGGAAGCUGAGGAUCACAGAAACUGCGGUCUUCUCAAUUUAUGAUUGUAAUUUUGAUUUUUAAGAUAGUGGCAUUAAACUGCAGUGGAAAGGACAAGCAUUUCCCUAUCAGUUUACACUGGUAAUGCAUUAUUAAUGAUGCAGAACUAGAGAGCUUAGCUGGAGGUCUGUGAGAAAGGUUUUCAGCAGCACUCCUAGAAGCAGGGUAGUUCAGAUGCUGUUGAGUAUUUUCCAAGUAAAAUAUAGUUUGAUUAAAAAUAAAUAACUAAACAAAAAUUGGUAGUUUUUUUUUUUUCCAAGCAAUUUGUUUGGAAGAAUACUGCAAAGAAAAACAUGGGCUUUGGAUCUGGAAGUUACACUUGAGGCAGAGCUUUUUGUUAUUAUUAUUUCUAAUGUUGUAAUAUGUUUGCUGCUGCAACCAAAAACUUUGUUAAACAGGUUGGUGAUGGAGGAAGACUAGUGCCAGUGCCCAGCCUCAGUGAAGCCGAUAAGUACCAACCUCUCAGCCUUGUGAUUAAGAAAAGAAAAUGUUUGCUUUCGAAAAAAUCUAAAUUUGCUUCGACACCUUUCACGUUAAAAGACAUUCUUGAAGGAGAGAAAGAAAUUUCUGCAGGUGUUUCAUCCUACCAGUUGCUCAACUAUGAAGACAAAUCAGAUGUUUCACUCAAUGGUAGAAGAGGAAAUCAGAUAAUCAAUGAUGUUGGUUUUGAUGUUGCUGGAUCAGAUUCUAUUGCCUUUAAAGCUUCAUUUGGCAUAGUGACCAAACACGAGGUUGAAGUACCAAUGCUGCUUAAAGAACUUACUACAAGAAAAAUAAAUUUUGAUCAUUGUCUAGUCCAUCAAACAAGGAAAAGUAGGAUGGAGAUUCUGUGUGUAGUCAUGGAAAGCAUUAGGACAACAAGGCAGUGCUCAUUAACUGUUCAUACUGGGAUGCGUGGAGAGACUAUGAGGUUUCACAUAAUUGAAGACCAGAAUAAUAAAGGACGGGACAAAGCCAUUGUUUUUCCUGCACAUACGACGAUUGCUUUUAGUGUAUUUGAACUUUAUAUUCGUUUGGAUGGGAAUUUUGAACUGUGUGUGACUCCAAUUGCAAAGGGGGGAUUUGAAAAAGAGAAAUCUGGAUCAUCUUCAAUGAACAAAUUAAGGAGAUUAAAGCAUAAUCUCUUUCAUCGAAAUAAAAGAAUAGUGAGCAUCGUCCCUAGCUCUGAUGGUUACUUGGAGGACCUUUUUACAGACUACUAUGAGAAAGCUGCAAGCAUGACUGAUCUCUCUACAAGCUAUCUCAGAGAUGGGGCUCAUGUCCGAAUUAAUUUACUUAAUAACAACAUCCCCAAAGGUCCUUGUGUCCUUUGUGGAAUGGGAAGUUCUAAAAGAGAAACAGUCUACGGAUGCCUAGAGUGCUCUUUUAAUGGACAGAAGUAUGUAAGACUGCAUGCUGUGCCCUGUUUUGACCUCUGGCACAAAAGAGUGAAGUAACUGCUGUAGGUAAGUGCCUGUUGUUACAGACAUGGGCAUAACUGGGUGCCACAAAGUUUUCAGAGUUAUUACAUGUGACUCAAAUAGUUUAAAUGCAAAAUAGUGGAAGUGCAAAAUAUUUUAUUACACUAUUAUUUUCAACUUAUUUGCUUCACAAUGAUCUUAAUUACUUGAAAAUGUUCCAAUGCAUUCCCUGACAUUUUGCUUUCCAUCUUUCUAGUACCUUCACACUUCAUUAUCAUAGUGAAAGAUGUACUUUUAAAAUGAAUUUUAAUAAUGUCAAAAUAUAUACAAUAACUUAUCUAUAAAGUUGUUUACACAAACUUGCUUUGAAGCCUCCAAAUGUUGCCUUUAUCUACACUGGCAUAUAAUUGUAAAAUGAGAAUAUUUGUUAAUAAUUUAGUGUUCUCAUGAAUGUUUAAUUGAAGUAUCAGAUUAAAAAACAUGCUGAAACUUACUUAGCUCAGUCUAAUGUUUCAUUUACAAAAGGAAACUACUAAAACUAGGGAUAGGAGUUUAAUAUUAGGAUGUCAUUACUAAGAAGUACCAGCUAGCAUAUCUUUAGUGUUUGGAUUUUAGGUUACAACUGCUCUUGACUUUCAUACAAUUUAUGUGUUCAGAAAAAAAAUGUUUAACAGAGAAAGCUUAGGAAAUUUAAGAAGAUAACAGAACUAGAUCCUUCCAGCUAGACUUCAGGCUGAAGUUUUUUUAAGUAGUUCUCAACCACAAGAAAUAAACUGUUCUUUAGAAUAUAUACUCCAGGGGGCACUACACAACAGCAUUCAAUGCAGAGAUAGGGAAAAUGGUUGAUUUGUGUAUAAUUCAAGCUUUGCUAUUGCUAUGUUGAAACAGGAAAACAAAAUUUGUACAUUUCAGAAUAAUUUUAAGCAUAAAGCUGUAUGUGGAAGUUUAUUUGCUUGGCCUGUCAUCUUCGUACACCUGAUUCUUCCAUGUUGAAAUAAAUUAUAAUUUGCCCUCAGUAGAAAAGUAUGAUAUACAAGUGUUAUGAUGACACUUGCAUAAGCAGGUAGAGUAACUGUAUAUAAACUAUAGGAAUAUUGACUUUAUUAUAUUAACUAUGAGAGUUCUGUAUAUUAACUAUCACUGUUUCUUCUUUGUGUUUUUUCCAAAGUGAGGGAAAUUAGAUGCCCAGAUAAAUACUUAUGCUUAUACAGGAGUAAUUUCUAUUCUCUUCCAUCUCAAAUAAAACAUGGUAUUAUAAGUUUCUAACUUUUAGCCAGUUUAUUGAGCAGUAUUAUCAAAUUUACUGUAGUCAAGGUUUAAAAUCCCCUUAAAAAUACUGCAUGUUCAUAAACGCCAAACUUCAACAUAAAAUAACUAUAAUACUGAUUUUAAAACAUUUGUAUCUUUAUCUUGAAAUUUCAUUUCCUUUCUUUUAAGGCUUUUUUAUAGAUAAAAGUAGUACAAUGUCCUAGAAGCUAUGGAAACCCUUCAGUUACCUUCCUGGGAUUCUGUUUUUCUGUUUGGACUUAGAAGUAUUCAUUAGUCAUUUUCUAAAUAUGUCAACAAGUACUGGAACAAUUUUUUUUUUACUGAUGAGACAGAAACAAUCAUUUUGAUCAGCAUUUUACACAGUAAGAAAGACCAGUAAUCAAUAGUGUAGAUUAGGAAAUGAUACAGGAAAAAUAAAACGAUAGAUCUUGGUGUUUUCCAAUUUUAUUUAUUUUGUAACAUCUAAAAUAUUUUAUUAGCUAAAUGUUAAAAGUAGUAUUUUACAGUCAUCUUAGAAAUAAAAAAGAUGCCACUAUUA